AUGAACAGCGUUAGGCCUGGAUUUCUCGUUCAAGCUGCAGUUUUGGUGAUCGUUUGUGGCUCAAUUUAUGUGGGGGUCUCCGGCCUCGGAUCAAUGUCCUCCAUCGCUGUCUCUUACGGUGAGAAUGGACCAGUCUUCUGUGGUCUAAGCUCAGAUGGGUCUCACAUGGUCUCCUGCUUCGGUGCUGAUGCUUCCAUCGUCUAUGGUGCUCCUAUUAGGCUCCCCCUCCUGGGUCUCACGGCCGGUGAUGGAUUCGUCUGUGGGCUCCUUUUGGAUGCCUACCAACCCUACUGCUGGGGGAGCAACAUCUACGUCAAGAUGGGGGUGCCGCAGCCCAUGGUGGAAGGCGCGGCCUACUCGGAGAUCAGCGCCGGUGAUGACCACCUCUGUGCCCUCCGCAGGCCGAGCAAAGGAGAGCAAAGAGGCGUCUCCUUGAUUGACUGCUGGGGCUACAACAUGACCGCCUCCCACGAGUUCAGUGGCCCCAUUGUGUCGAUCACUGCCGGCUCGGUGUUCAACUGUGGGAUGUUUGCCGGCAACCGGACGGCCUUCUGCUGGGGCGACGAGACCGGGAGCAGCGUCAUCAGCCUCACUCCGAGGAACCUGAGGUUCCGAUCCAUUUCGGCUGGUGGAUUCCAUGUCUGCGGGGUUCUGCAGAACUCCCAGGUCUUCUGCUGGGGAAGGAGCUUGGAAAUGCAGCAGUCUUCUUCGGACAUCUUAGGCCAGGGAGAUGUCAACAUGGUUCCCAUGGAUCCCAUGGUGUCGGUCGCCGGCGGCAGGUUCCAUGCUUGCGGCAUCAAGAGCUUAGAUCGCAAGGUGGUGUGCUGGGGCUUCAAGCUUCAGAACAGCGUGCCCCCACCCAAGGAUACGAGGGUGUACGAGCUCGCAGCAGGGGACUACUUCACCUGCGGUGUGAUUGCGGAGGCGUCACUUCGGCCGCAGUGCUGGGGCACAGGCGGCCCCUGGUCGAUACCGAUGGCGGUCUCCCCUGGGAUCUGCGCCUCCAAUCCUUGCGGCCCGGGAUACUACGAGUUCAUCCAUGCAAGCUUGGGGGGCAAAGUCUGCAAGCCAGCGAAUUCCAGAGUUUGCUUGCCGUGCAGCGUCGGCUGUCCCGAAGGGACGUAUCAGUCUACGCCCUGCAACUCGACGUCCGACCGUGGUUGUGAGUUCAACUGUUCCAGCUGUGCCUCAGCGGAUUGCUCCUCCUCCUGCUCGUCAGAGCAGAGGCCCCGGAGCCACGGGCUGCUUUCUCUCCAGAUGCCGAUCUUCGUCGCGGAGCUCGCCUUCGCCAUCGUCUUCGCGAGCUCGGUAUCUUUGGUCGCGUGCCUCUGCGUUCGCCGCCGGCUACGGAGCUGCUCGUGUUCGGAGCCUGACCUGACUGCGUUGAAGACCAGGGCAUACUCGUUCCACAAGGAGCCGGUGAAGGUGCGACCGGACCUGGAGGAGCUAAAGAUUAGGAGAGCACAGACGUUCACCUACGAAGAGCUGGAGAAGGCGACCGGCGGAUUCGGCGAGGAAUCCCUCGUGGGGAAGGGCAGCUUCUCGUGUGUCUUCAAAGGGGUGUUGAGAGAUGGGACGGUGGUUGCAGUGAAGAGGGCCACCAAAGCGUCGGACGUGAAGAAGAACACCAAGGAAUUCCACACCGAGCUCGACCUGCUCUCCAGGCUGAACCACGCGCACUUGCUCAACCUUCUUGGGUACUGCGAGGAAGGUGGCGAGAGGCUGCUGGUGUACGAGUUCAUGGCCCAUGGAUCCUUGUACCAGCACCUUCAUGGCAAGGAUGCAAGCCUGAAACGGCGGCUGGACUGGGUUCGCAGGGUCACCAUUGCCGUCCAAGCUGCGAGGGGGAUCGAAUACCUGCAUGGGUACGCUUGCCCGCCUGUGAUCCACAGGGACAUCAAGUCGUCCAACAUUCUCAUCGACGAGGAGCACAACGCUCGAGUUGCAGAUUUUGGUCUGUCCUUGUUGGGGCCGGCGGACAGCAGCUCGCCCUUGUCCGAGCCUCCGGCCGGUACUCUUGGCUACCUCGACCCCGAAUACUACAGGCUUCAUUACUUGACCACCAAAUCGGAUGUGUACAGCUUCGGGGUUCUGCUUCUGGAGAUCUUGAGCGGUAGAAAGGCGAUCGACAUGCAGUUCGAAGAAGGAAACAUCGUGGAAUGGGCGGUUCCGCUGAUCAAGGCUGGUGACGUUUCGGCCAUCCUGGAUCCGGCGCUGAAACCUCCUGCCGAACCGGAGGCUCUGAAGAAGAUCGCCGCCACGGCGUGCAAGUGCGUCAGGAUGCGGGGGAAGGACCGGCCGUCGAUGGACAAGGUGACGACGGCCUUGGAGAGAGCUCUGGCGCUGCUGAUGGGCAGCCCAUGCAACGAGCAGCCGAUAUUGCCGACGGAGGUGGUCUUGGGGAGCAGUCGGCUGCACAAGAGGGGAUCACAGAGGUCUUCGAACCAGUCGUGCUCGGAGAACGACACAACCGACGCCGACGACCAGUUGUUGGAGUACAGAGCACCUUCAUGGAUCACGUUCCCCAGCGUGACCUCGUCGCAGAGGAGAUCGGAAGGCGACGCCACGGAAGGGAAGAACUCGGAGGGGAGGAGUCUGGGAAACGGAGGAGCGGGAGAUGGCUUGAGGUGCUUGGAGGAAGAGAUCGGACCAGCAUCACCACAGCAGGAUCUGUUCCUGCAGCACAACUUCUGAUUGCAGUCGAAUGAAUUCUUUUUCGAGUCGACGUUGUUCGUCGUCUUCUUAUCGGAUUGUCUUUCUUCGGAUCGACAGGUGCACUUGUUCUCGGCUCUCAUGCGUGCAUUCUUGUGUUGUCGUCUCCGAACGCAUUGUGUAGUGCAGCUAUUUAACACCAUGACGAACAAUGACGUUCUCAAUUUGAGAUA